GAGAGAGAGAGAGAGAGAGAGAGAGAUUCCAAGUCUCUCCCUGCUCUCUCCGCUUUCGGGACUCCUGCUCACUCCUCUGACUCAAUGGGGCUUUAGCGUCAGGGAUUUAAGCUGAAAAACUCAAAUAUUUAUUACCCAUUCCCGUUACUGCUCCUGUUAGUAUUUAAAUUCUAUAUGAAAAUAAGUAAUUUAUUGUCAAGUUUUACCAAACGGUCAAAUUUGGACACUAUGGAUAUUCGGAAGAAGCGAAGACCGUGGCGUCUGGACCUCACCUCCUUGCUUCUGGUGACCGUUACGCUCCUCCUGUGCCAGGUCCCACAGGCUCGAGCAGACCCAGUUGAUGUUUUGCGGGUGCUGCAGCUGCCCUCACUCCCUGAAGGUGUCCAGAAGGUUCCGGGCUUUUGUAGCUCUCGUCGUGCUGGCACUUCUGACCAUGCCUACCGCAUCACUAAGAAGGCCCAGAUCUCUGCCCCCACCAAGCAACUGUUUUCAGGACGUUUCCCAGAGAACUUCUCCAUCAUGGCCCUGGUGAAGGCCAAAGCUGGUCUUCAGGCCUUCCUGCUGUCCAUCUACAGUGAGCAGGGGGUGCAACAGCUGGGAUUGGAGGUGGGCCACUCACCUGUUUUCCUGUAUGAGGACCAGAGCCGCAAGCCUGCCCCAGAGGACUAUCCACUAUUUACAGGGAUCAACCUGGCUGAUGGCAAGUGGCACCGCAUUGCCAUAUCUGUACAAAAGAAGAACGUUACUCUACUGCUUGACUGCAAGAAGCGCAUAAGUAGACCUCUUCCUAGAAGUAACAAGCCAGUGGUGGACACCAAGGGUAUCACCGUAUUUGGUGCUCGUCUGUUGGAUGAAGAGGUUUUCCAGGGUGAUAUUCAACAGCUGCUGAUUGCUUCCAACCCUCAGGCAGCCUAUGACUUCUGUGAGCAUUAUAGUCCUGACUGUGAUGCUCCUCUGCCCAAAGUUCAGGCCCAGGAUCCCAAUACUUAUGACAGAAAGGCCACCCAAAUUAAAGUUGACAAGGCAAAAGCUGGCCCAGCUAAAUCAAAACCUGCCAAGCCAAUUACAUUAGCUAACAUAGGCCCAGCCUCAACAAGUGCUGCCACAACAAAGCCUGCCAAAGCAAAACUGACUGUGCAAAAUUGGCUUUCAAAAACUAAGCCAUCUGUAGCAGCUAAAUCAUCAAAUUUUAAAGCCACAUUAGCCCCUAAGACUAGAAGAGAUAAAAAAGCAAAUGGCAAUGCUAAAGCAGCUGAGAAUAAAAAAGCUAGUGGUGAAAUUAAAGUAAAUGGUAACAGUAAUAGCAAGACUGUUGUGGAAAGUAAAGCUAAUGGUGCUAAAGUUAACGGCAAUGGUAAAGUAACUGGAAGUACCAAAGCAGCUGAGGAUAAAAAAGUGAAAGUGAAUGGUAAUUCCAAACCCAAUGGUAAGAUCACUGGGAAAGCAGUUGAGGAGAAAAAAAACAGUGCAGCUAAGAGCAAUGGGAAAGCAGCCAAUGGCAAUGCCAACAGGAAAGAAGAUAAAAAGGCAAAUGCUGCUAUUAAGGCUAAAGGCAGUGAAAGAGCUGUUGUAGAGAAAAAGGCUAAUGGCAGUGGCAAGGCAGCUGAAGAAAAAAGAGCAAAUGGAAAUGUGGCAAAAUCAGUGAAAACUGAAAAAUCUGAAGUGAAGCUGGAGAAAGGACUGUUCAGCAAGGGCAAAGUAUGGAAACCUGAGGUUACUGAUACUAGACUAGCAAAAAAUGCAAAAACUAAAGCUGAAACAGUAAAAACUGAAGUUGCAAAAGAGGCGAAUACUAAGAUAAACAAAGCUGAAGAUGAAAAAACUGCAAGCAAGGUCAAAAUAGGUAAGACUGAGACAUUAAGUGUAAAAGCUGGGAAGAGUGAAAAGGCAGAUGUUAGAAAAAUUGUCAAAGACCCAUCUGAUUCUGUAAUCAAGCAAAAACUUGUUAGUCUGAAACCCAUACCUGCUCCAGCCCCUGUGCCUAUCCCCAUCUCUCUCAAGCCAGAGAAACCCAAGGUGUUGAUAGACGUCAGUAACUCAAUGACCGAACAAUUCCCGCCCUUCACCAAGGCUGCAGUCAGUGGUACCAUCAUCUCCGCUGCAGAAAAAUCCAAGAAGAAACCAACCAAUGGUUAUCAACAGGAUGUAGAUCCUGCUUACUCUGAGGCUGACCACACCCCCACAGAGACAGAGUAUUAUUACACCUUGGAAGGGGAGGAGGCCAACCCACAGCCAAAAAGUGAGGUGACUGGACAUGAUGUAACCACAGGCCAGGUGGAGGAAACUGUAGUGGGUGAAAAGGUGAAAGCAGGUGGUGAGGAGGUAUCUGAAACACCAGAUGAGGCCUUCAUCGAAGAAUAUGUGACAGGAGACAUUGGAAUGAAGGAGUAUGACUAUUCCUACAAGGAUUACAAUGAGCCCAUUCCUGGAGGGGAGACAGAUGGUGCCAUGGGCCCUGUCCUGUCUGCUGUCACAGAUGAGGGAGGCGCUUCUGUGAGGGCCCAGAAAGGAGAGAAGGGAGAGCCUGCUGUCCUUGAGCCUGGUAUGUUGAUUGAAGGACCACCAGGACCAGAAGGACCAGCAGGUCUCCCUGGCCCAGCUGGGCCUACUGGACCUCCGGGGUCUGUGGGGGACCCAGGAGAGAGGGGUCCACCUGGUAGAGCUGGUCUGCCUGGAGCUAAUGGUGUUUCUGGACCUCCUGGAACAUCUGUCAUGCUUCCAUUCCGAUUUGGACAAAGUGGAGGGGACAAGGGCCCCAUUGUCUCAGCCCAGGAGGCCCAGGCUCAGGCUAUUCUCUCUCAGGCUCGGAUGGCUCUGAAGGGCCCAUCUGGGCCAAUGGGUUUUACUGGUCGACCUGGUCCCCUGGGUUCACCUGGAAGUCCUGGUUUGAAGGGAGAGGUUGGAGACCCUGGUCCACAGGGUCCCAGAGGUCCUCAAGGAUUGUCCGGUCCUUCUGGCAAAGCUGGGAGAAGAGGCCGUGCUGGUGCUGAUGGUGCUCGAGGAAUGCCAGGAGAGCCUGGAGUUAAGGGUGACCGGGGUUUUGAUGGGUUGCCUGGACUGCCAGGAGACAAAGGUUAUCGAGGCAACACUGGAGGAAUGGGACCACCUGGACCCACUGGAGAGGAUGGAGAGAGAGGAGAUGAUGGAGAUGUUGGACCCAGAGGACUCCCAGGUGAACCAGGGCCUCGUGGAUUGCUGGGGCCUAAAGGUCCUUCUGGAAUACCUGGCUCUCCAGGUGUUCGUGGAAGUGAUGGUCCUCCUGGUCCAAAAGGAAACUUGGGACCCCAGGGAGAGCCAGGUCCUCCAGGCCAGCAGGGGGCCUCAGGAACACAGGGAAUGGCUGGCCCUCAGGGUGCUCUUGGUCCUCCAGGAGAGAAGGGACCUACAGGUAAACCAGGUCUUCCAGGCAUGCCAGGAGCUGAUGGCCCCCCUGGUCACCCAGGAAAAGAAGGCCCCUCAGGAACUAAAGGAAAUCAGGGGCCUAGCGGUCCUCAGGGUUCUAUUGGUUAUCCUGGCCCUCGUGGAGUUAAGGGAAUUCAAGGUAUCCGUGGACUGAAGGGUCAUAAGGGAGAGAAGGGAGAGGAUGGUUUCCCUGGAAUCAAGGGAGACUUUGGCACAAAAGGAGAGAGGGGAGAACUAGGAGUGCCAGGUCCCAGAGGAGAGGAUGGUCCUGAGGGACCUAAAGGUCGUAUUGGUCCCCCUGGUGAGAUUGGAUCUAUUGGCCCAGUUGGAGAUAAGGGAAAACUUGGUGUACCUGGAUUACCUGGCUAUCCAGGAAGGCAAGGGCCUAAGGGUUCACUUGGUUUUCCAGGCUUCCCUGGCACAAAUGGAGAGAAGGGUACAAGGGGUCUAAUUGGAAAGACUGGGCCAAGAGGGCAAAGGGGACCAACAGGGCCCAGAGGACAGAGAGGUCAGCGUGGAUCUACUGGAAAACCAGGUGCCAAGGGUUCAUCGGGUAGUGAUGGCCCUUCAGGACCACCAGGAGAGAGAGGAUUACCUGGACCACAAGGAGCAAAUGGAUUCCCAGGGCCAAAGGGACCUCCAGGACCUCCAGGGAAAGACGGACUGCCCGGACACCCUGGACAGAGAGGCGAAGUCGGGUUCCAAGGCAAGGCUGGGCCUCCUGGGCCACCUGGAGUUGUUGGACCGCAGGGUCCUUCAGGUGAGACUGGCCCAAUGGGUGAGCGUGGCCACUCUGGACCUCCUGGACCACCAGGCGAGCAAGGCCUUUCUGGCCCAUCUGGUAAAGAAGGAACCAAAGGUGACCCUGGUCCUCCUGGAGGCCCUGGCAAAGAUGGACCUCCUGGACUGAGAGGUUUCCCUGGAGAGAGAGGACUCCCAGGAACACCAGGUGGCGGUGGGCUGAAAGGAAAUGAGGGACCUGCAGGACCACCUGGACCAGCUGGAUCACCAGGUGAGAGAGGACUGGCAGGUACAGCAGGACCCAUUGGUCCUCCUGGAAGACCUGGACCUCAAGGACCCCCUGGAGCUGCAGGAGAGAAAGGAGUGCCUGGAGAGAAAGGCCCAAUUGGUCCGGCUGGUCGUGAUGGCAUCCAAGGCCCAGUUGGUCUUCCAGGCCCUGCUGGACCCCCAGGUGUUCCAGGAGAGGAUGGUGACAAGGGUGAAGUUGGAGAACAUGGACAGAAGGGAGCAAAGGGAGGCAAAGGAGAGCAAGGUCCUCCUGGCCCACCUGGAUCAAUGGGUCCUGUUGGACAGCCUGGUCCACCUGGUGCCGAUGGUGAAACAGGUGCCAGAGGUCAGCAGGGCCCAUUCGGUGCAAAAGGAGAUGAAGGAACACGGGGAUUCCCUGGACCUCCAGGCCCCAUUGGGCUACAGGGAUUGCCAGGACCUGCUGGGGAGAAGGGUGAGACUGGAGAUGUCGGACCACUGGGUCCUCCUGGCCCCCCUGGACCCCGUGGUCCAGCUGGUCCAAAUGGUGCUGAUGGUCCUCAAGGUCCUCCUGGUGGUUUGGGUAACCCGGGUCCCCCUGGAGAAAAGGGUGAACCUGGUGAAAAUGGACCACCUGGUAUAGGUGGAGAGCCAGGAAAAAAGGGCCCAAGAGGAGAACGUGGUGAGAAGGGUGAAGCUGGACAACCAGGCACUCCUGGUCCUUCUGGUGGAAAAGGACCUCCAGGAGAUGAUGGUCCUAAAGGAAACCCUGGUCCUGUUGGUUUCCCUGGUGAUCCUGGCCCUCCUGGUGAAGUUGGACCUAGAGGCCAGGAUGGAGCAAAAGGAGAGAGGGGAGAGGAUGGUGAACAAGGAGAGGCUGGCUCCCCAGGACCUUCUGGAGAAAAUGGACCACCUGGGCCACCUGGAAAAAGAGGUCCUCCAGGUUCAAGAGGACCUGAAGGUCGUGAAGGAGAGAAAGGAAGCAAGGGUGCUUCAGGAGCUGCUGGGCCUCCAGGAAAGACUGGUCCUGUGGGCCCACAGGGUUCUCCUGGAAAACCAGGAACAGAGGGUCUGAGAGGACUGCCAGGAUCAGUGGGAGAGCAAGGUGCUCCAGGCCCUGCAGGCGAGAAAGGACCUCCUGGACCCAUUGGUCCUUCAGGUUUACCGGGUCUGCGUGGUGACCCUGGUUCUAAGGGUGAAAAGGGACACCCAGGUUUGAUUGGUCUAAUUGGACCACCAGGAGAGCAGGGAGAAAAGGGAGACAGAGGACUGCCUGGCCCUCAAGGAUCAUUUGGACCCAAAGGAGAAACUGGUAUGCCUGGUGGAACUGGCCCUCUAGGCCCUGCUGGUCCCGCUGGUUUGCCUGGCCCACGAGGUAUUAAGGGAGCAAAGGGUGCCACUGGUGGAGCUGGACCCAAAGGAGAGAAAGGUGUGCAAGGGCAUCCAGGACCCCCUGGACCACCUGGUGAUGUCAUCCAGCCCCUGCCCAUUCAGAUCUCAAAGAAAUCCAAGCGAUCCAUUGAUGCCAGUAAGAUUUUCUCUGAGAUGGAAGAUGAGGCUGCCAAGGCUGAUGCCACGGGCACUGAAUUCCUGACUGGCAACGAAGGCAUGGAAGAGAUCUUUGGUUCACUUAACUCUCUUCGCCUGGAGAUUGAGGCCAUGCGUUUCCCACUUGGAACAAAAGAAAGUCCAGCCCGCACCUGCCAGGACCUCCACCUCAGUCAACCAGAUUACAAAGAUGGUGAAUACUGGAUUGAUCCUAAUCAGGGCUGCGAUCGUGACGCUUUUAAGGUUUACUGCAACUUUACAGCUGGUGGGGAGACUUGCCUUUAUCCUGGAAAAGAUGUGGAGAAUGUAAAGAUGAACUCUUGGCCAAAGGAGAAGCCUGGGUCUUGGUACAGUAGCUUUGCUAAAGGAAACAAGCUCUCAUAUGUGGACUCAAAUGGUGAGCCUGUGGGUGUGGUCCAGCUGGGCUUCCUGCGGUUGCUUAGUGUUCAGGCCCGCCAGAACCUCACCUACCACUGCCACCGCUCUGUGGCCUGGGCUGACAGCACUUCCGACAACGGCUACCACAGGGCACUGCAUUUCCAGGGUGCUAAUGAAGAAGAGCUGAGUUAUGAGACUAACCCCUAUAUCAAGGCCCUCUCAGAUGGCUGUUCUUAUCGAAAAGGUAAUGACAGAACAGUUCUGGAGAUAAAUACGCCUCAGGUGGAACAGCUCCCUCUCCUGGACAUUAAGAUCACUGACUUUGGCGAGAAUGAUCAGAGGUUUGGUUUUGAAGUAGGACCUAUUUGUUUCCUAGGGUAAACAUGUACACAUGCAAACAGCAAAAGGAACACAAGCCUAAGUGAGAGCACACAGACAUACACAAUCGUGGACAUAGGCACUAAUUCAUGCCCAAACACACAUCACACAUACCUAAAGCCAUGACAAAUAAUAACCACACAAAGGUGUGCCAAAGAACGCAGUCUCAAAUUAUUACAUUUGCGCACAUUGGAAGAAAACCUUUCAUGCGGCAUUAAAUGUAUAGACUUACAUCAUGCUCAGUGACAAUCUAAGAUGUGCAAUUCACACAAACAUACACAAAAGCUGGUGUAAAGCAGAAAUUUACUCAAACAAGUACACGCCCAUGGAAAAUAUCCUUUACCCAUCUGAUGGAUGACAAGAGAGGAGAAAGAGCCGAGGUGAAAUAUUCUUGUGGCAGAAGAGAUUAAAUAUCAACGCGCAUGGAUGUGUAUUACAAAGAGUGCGGCUCUGGCAUGAGCUGUUGGCCGAAUGUUGCAGGUCCUGUUGCAAAGCCACCAAAAGACCCCUCAGAUCCCUCUUUCCCCCUCGUUGGUGCUCUUUUGAGGUGUCCUACUCUCUCUACCUCUAUGUCCACUUUUAGUUUCAUACAAACCCAGCCAUGUAGUACAUUUUACCUUAUUGAAAUGUAAUGACCUGCAAAUAAGGAUGUGAGGACCAAAACAAGGUCAUUUCCUUUAGAUAAUUGAAAAAUAAGGUGAAAUCAAGCCAUAUGAAUGGAGUUUCUCACUUUGAUAUUUCUGGUUGGAAUCAAAUGUGAAUAAGAUCAAACAUUUAGCCUUUCCUUACUGUAAUAAAACCUUAGCAAUGUUUUUGUACUGUUUUGUUGAGCCUAAUAUAUGCAAUGAAUUCAAAAUCCCUGUAAAUUGUUUUGAUGUGUACAUGUCUAAUAGAGAGAUAGAAAUUGUGUUUUCAGAGGUUCAUGUUAAGAUUUUGCAAGCAAACCAUGAUCAGAAUGCCAAGUAUGACCAGCAUUUACAGGGAAGACGGUAAAACAAAUUUAUGUAAUGCAUCUUUGUUCUCAAGCAUGAGGCACAUGCACAUGUGACACAAAAACAAAUAUCUUUAUAGUAGCAUUAAAUCUGUGUUGUUAAGAUUUGACAGCAGAUGGUGAAGGUGCUAUAUCCAUCUAAAGUGAUCAGUAUUGACGAGCUCAUGAUCUCACAAUGACUAACCUCUCUUGUCAGCUCAGUGUUCAGGCUGGAAAUGUGCAUUAGAAACCAUUUGUACAGAAACACUAUUUUAUUGUAUUUAUUUUUAAAAAGUGAACCAGAAUGUUAAUUACAAAGAGCAAACACUAUUACAAUCCAAAAUAAAAUGUGGUAUUUUCAUCUGUAUUUAUUUCCUGUAGUUUUCUCAUCAGUUCACAUAUAAGCAUUAAAACUUGACAAAAAAAAUCUGCCUUCUAUGAACAAUCUUCUCAGUACACUACACUUCUGUCUAUUUGCUUGUGAAGUAAAUACGUUGUCAUGUAGACUACGAUCAAGUGGAUUUUAGUGGAGUAAUAUCUCGUUUGACACAAGUAGAGAUUAUAAAGAUGAUAAAACAGUAUAUAGAGCUACAACGAGGAGGGCAGAGCAUGUGGGAAGGAUAACAAAUAAAAAUGUCACAAGGUAAAGCCAAAAAUAUUUUAUUUAAAUGACGUUUUUUUUUAUAUCAUAAAGAGAGCUGGGAGACACAGAAGCUAUACACAAUUCUUAAUGGCGUGGUCUCAUCAGGAAACACUGAGGAGGGGUGUGCUGUGUUAUUGCAAAACAAACAUCUAUGUCUUAAAUAUGGUGCUGAGGAAAAGAUUAUUGUAUGUGUGUAAGUAUUUUUUAAAUGUUUCUGUAAUAUAUAUAAUCUUUUUAAAAAGA